GCCGACAUCCCGCACAGGGAGACACCGCUUCCCGCAGACAACGCCCGGGCAAGUAUUUCAGCCAGGAGGCCAAGCCGCCUCCGCCCGUGCCUGACCUCCAGACUAGUUCCCCUUCCACUCAGUUCUAGCACCUCCUUCCCUCUCCCCGGCCCCGCCCCAGUCCACCACCAUGACCAUCAUCAUCUACGUUUCCUCCAUCAGCGCCUCGCUCGACAUCAAGAAGAAGCAGAGCCACAUCGAGAGCAUCCUCUCCAGCAAGAAGAUCCCCUUCGAGACCCGCGACAUCGCCUCCAACGAGGACUACAAGAAGCAGAUGCGCCGUGGCAGCGGUGGCAACACCAUCCCCCCUCAGAUCUUCAAGGGCGAGGAGUACCUCGGUGACUACGAUGCCUUCGAGAACGCCGUCGAGUGCGAGAUCCUCUCGGAGUUCCUCCGCCUUUAAGUGCACACGUCUUCCUCCGCUGUACAUCAUCCCCUGUGUCCGGUGGCAGAGCGCCGCCCGAUUCAGUUGAUGUCGAGGCCGCUGUCACCGAUGCCCGCCCCUCUGCCCGUGUCCGCCGCCCCUGGGUGAACGCUGGCCCAGACCGGCAAAUAACAACCCCCCCCCCCC